CCCUCCCCUAGUCUGAGAAAACCAAGCGACCAUUAAUGGGGGGACGUCGUUGGGAUCAGCUCCGAGGACGUCUGCCCCACACCCACAAAAGUAAACGAAGGAAAAACAGGAGAAUCCGAUCUUGGUUUGGAACCAAACAUCAAAAACCACCCAACCCUGCCAGACCCACCAUUCUCUCCCCUUCUCUGAUCUCACACUAUAAGUAACGAGCCUCAACUCCCAACUCCAUUCAGUGUCUUGAGCCUUGAAGUAUAACUUUCAAUAAGACUUAUCUCUCUCAUCAAUUCUUUUCCGUCAUCAUCUCAGUUGUCAAGAAUGGCAAGGAAUGUAGUUCAGUCCACCAUUGACAGAAAUGGAUUGGCUUCACUGGACCAGAAACUCGCCUUAGCAAAGCGAUGUGGUCAUGAGGGAGUCGUCGCUGGGGCCAAAGCGGCUGUCGUCGCUGCCGUUGCUUCUGCAGUUCCUACCCUUGCUAGUGUGAGGAUGCUGCCAUGGGCUAAAGCAAACCUCAACCCAACUGCUCAGGCUCUCAUCAUCUCAACGGUGGCCGGUUCUGCAUACUUCGUGGUAGCAGAUAAGACUGUUCUGAAAACGGCGAGAAAGAACUCUUUCAAGGAAUUGCAAUAGCCUCUAACCACCGGUGCAGAAUCCAGUCUCUGAUGACUGAUGUUCUUCUGCAUCUUCUUCCUUACCCACUUAAUUUUUGCUUGUAAUUUGGUUUGCUGUGUGUAAAUGAGUAUAUCCAAAAUUAAUGCAAUAUAACAAAUGGAAAUAUAUGAUAGAAAUGUUACUCUACUUUGUCUCAA